AUGCAGGGCAGUGCUACUGUAGUAUCCAAAAAGUUUCCUGUGGUCCUUGGAAGAAUACUUCUACGCUGGGUCUUCACUAAGGCAGACUUGGUUUUCUUCAUUUAUCGUAUAGUUUGGUAUGCGUUCUAUGCUCGGUCAUCAAUGAACAGCAGUGUGGAUUUCUUUGAAAGCCUCAUUGAUGAAGACGGUCGGUUUUCGGAACUGAACUGUCAAGAGCCGACACAGCGAGCACCACGACGGCGACCAAACGUACAGAGAAUUCGACCCCAAAUACAAGGUUUAGUUGUCAUCUUGAAAAUUGUCACUUAA